AACGAGGCUUUGUCUGAAUCGGUCCCAUUGAGCCUGCUGCUCCAGCACGAAUGAUGCUGAUGCUGCGCCCACGCUCAAAUGUCUCUACUGCGCAGUCGCCGAUGCAACGAACGCAGUAAGAGAAAGGAGACGCAAUAAUGGCCCUUGAUAAUUUAAUUUUCGCCCAAUGCAUCCUCUAUUUUUUGGCGUUUGUUUUUGGUUUUAUUGCCGUAGUGCCUCUCUCUGAAAACACGGAGGAUUUUCAUGGAAAAUGCUUGCUUUUCACGCGUGGUAUGUGGCAGAAUGAGAACAUCACAGUUUCAAAGCAGCGCUUCAUCGUUGAGGAGUGGGGACCGGAGUCUUCCUGCAGUUUCAUCACUUUUGUCGGGAUAGCAUCUCUCGUCCUGUCCGCAGUGCAGUCAUGGAGACUGCUGUUGUUUCUUUUCAAAGGCCACGACGAUUCCCUGUUCAAUGCCUUCCUGAAUCUGUUGAUCAGCUCCUUGAUGGUGUUCACAGUGUUCCUCUCCAGCACCAUCAUUAGUGUGGGCUUCAACUUGUGGUGUGACGCCAUCACAGAGGGCGGGGGCAUGCCCAGCAGCUGUGAGGACAUGCAGGACACCGAUCUGGAGUUAGGACUGGACAACUCCUCGUUCUAUGACCAGUUUGCCAUUGCCCAGUUUGGUCUGUGGGCAGCAUGGCUGACGUGGCUGGGCAUCACGGUCAUGGCCUUCCUCAAGGUCUACCACAACUACCGCCAGGAGGACCUUCUGGACAGUCUGAUCCACGAGAAGGAGCUGCUGCUUGGACACUCGUCCCACCGGGGCUCCGAUGCCAACCAGUUGAAGAGUGGCAUGAUCUAACACCCAGAGGGCACGUGCACAUUACUGACACAUAUCCUCCUAUCCUACCCCAACUGCCAGCCCCUGUCAAUCUACACUGAGUGUACAAAAGAUUAGGAACACCUUCCUAAUAUUGAGUUUCACCCCUUUUUUGCCCUCAGACUUCCUCAAUUCGUUGGGGCAUGGACUCUACAAGGUGUCAAGAGCGUUCCACAUGGAUGCUGGCCCAUGUUAACUCCAAUGCUUCCCACGGUUGUGUUAAGUUGGUUGGAUGUCCAUUUGAUGGUCG